AUUUAGCUGGAAACAUUCAAUCUGUGAUUUUCCUUCGAUUCAGGUGUAUCUCUUGACAAAAAAAAAUGAAAUCAUUAAUUUUUGUUGGAUUGGUUUUCGGAUUGGUGUCUGUCUCCCUAGCCGGAUCAGCCAAAACCGAACUUAAGACAGCAAUCGAAUCGCUAAAAAAUGCAAGCAUCGUUCUGGUCCAGUCUGUGAUGCAAAGCUCCGGCCAAUUAUCGAACGGCAAUAUGCUAGUCGCCAAUAGCCAGCUAGUGAUCAAACAGCUGAACAAUCUUAACGUUGGUCGCCUGGACGGUUGGAUCAAUGGACUAACUGAUGCUCUGGCCACCAAAAUUACCAAAGAAGUGGUAAAGCUAACGGGUACUUUCCAACAGUUGGGACCCAAAAUGGUUAAAGCCGCCAGAAGUAACGCUCCAGUCGCCAUGCUAGCUCCAACGCUCGACUUCAUUAAUGCCAUUGCUAUAUCGGUAAAAUCUUUUGCCUCACUCAUCCCUGGAUUUAACUUUAAUCCUGUUGCAGUGGGCAGUACGUCCGAUCCGCUGGCACAGAUCAAUAGUUUGCUCAAAGGACUUUUGGUUGGUUAGGGCAUUUUAAAAAUCAUCUGAAUUCGAAAGUGGUUCAAUAAACUUAUUUUCGUAUUAA